UGCUGCCCCCCUGUCUCUCUCUGUCACACAGAAUUUGUAGGGUUUGUUUGAGUAAUGGAGAUCAUCGAUACUCAAAGCCUUUCGAACUUGGAUCUGAAUUCCAAACCACCAUUCUCUUACAACUCCAUCAAGAUUUGCUCCCAUGCUGCUUCCCAACAACUGUCUCUGGCGAUCGUCCUAAGUAGAGGUUUCGACUCUCCGGCGGCGGCGGCGGCAGUCGGAAUGACAAACAAUGGUGAUGUGAGUGGCGCCGGUGAAGUGUCGAAUAAUACCGAAUCGAGUGCCGCCGCCAUGUGGGUGCAGAAGGUUUAUCGGAGCUACCGCACCAGGCGUAUGUUAGCCGAUUCCGCUGUUGUAGCCGAAGAGCUCUGGUUGCCACUGCUUAUACAGCCAUCAGAUAACCAGAUAAGCUUGGCUGACUUUGAUGCAAUUAAAGUCAUUAGAAAGGGAAAUGGUGGAAUUGUGCAAUUAGUGCAACACAAAUGGACUGGUCAAUUUUUUGCUUUAAAGGUACUUCACAACUUCCAUACUAAACCUACACUCCUAGUUGUUGGAAUCUUACAAUUCAUGAUAUGUAUGUUUCGAUUCAGUUGGUUUGAAUCUUUUGGCUGAAUUUUAUAUUUGUAACGAAUCUUUCAGAAUUGUGUGUGAAUCUUACGACUAACAAUUUGGGUACAAUUCAUGUGA